ACAUCAGUAUUGUGUUACUUAUAUAGAAGCAGACUAAAGGGGACUUUGCGCUAAGUCACGUGGCCCAAAAUCUGGGCAUUAGGCAUUAGUUGAAUGGUGAUGCUCCCAGGUGUGUGACUUGUAGGUCCAGAACACACACUCCUAUGCAGUGUUAAGACUCCUUGCUUCCCUUUUGCAAUACUUUGUCUUUUUUCUGCAUAAGCUUAUUUUGAUUCCUUGCCAUUUUCCAAUGUCAGUGUCAGUUGAUGUGCUAUUUCAAGAUGGUAGUAGACUGUUUUCUGUGCAGAGACUCCAUAUCAUCUUUCUAGGCAGUAAAUAAUGAGUAAAAGUAUUUAUGUCAUUUUUAAUAUUUUCAUAUCACUUGAUUUUCUGUAAUACACACUGCGCCACAGGUCACAGCAUGGGGAUUGUGUCCUCCUUGGAGCCGGCGCUCUUCCAGGCGUGGCUCACGGAAGGUACAUUCCACACUUGUUUCCCAGUGGAAAUAAUGUAAGAUUCCUUUCCUAAUUUUCCCUCAAGAGCUUUUGUGUACUCAUGAUGAGUCAUUCCCCUUAAAGUGCUGUAUUGACAUGGCCUGGUUAGCCUGGAAAUGAUGCAAUUAAGGUUUCUGGACUGCUCCUUGGUGUGCAGUAAAUAGCAUAAAAACUGUUUUUAUCUUAUAAGAUAUGAGAUUCAUGUAGAGCACUUGAUAGUGCAAGUAAAAAAAAAAUCCUUUAGCUGGGUAUGAUGCAUCGCAGAAAAUAGCAUAUUUUAGGUUGGAUACCAGUGACAUGGGGAGUCAAGAGCAUGGAGGGAGCUGGAUUAUACCUAGCGUGACGGAAAUUUUUGAUGUGCAGCUCAGUAUACCUGUUAUCUUCAGAUGUCUGGUUCAGUCACUCACAAAGUAUCUCACAGUGUAUGGGCUAAAUAUACUCAGUGAUGCUGAGAAGUGUGGUAGUUAUCACACUCAUGCAACUGCGCACACAGUCUGACUGGUCUGAGUGCCCUAUGGUUUUGCCUCUCAUCAUUGUCUAGACGUUCAUGAUUUUAUUCUCAGUAUUAUCUACUUUAAUUACCAGGGUAUGAAAAAUUUAGCAACAUGUUUGUUUCAUAUAUUGCAUUUAAUCAUUAUUUUGUUUAUAGAAACAAAAUCCUGCAUUAAUAUGUUUUCUGAUAUAAAAGAAAAGAAAAUAAUUACAAUAUGUUUGGAUGCUGAUAUAUAUAAAAACUACCUGUCUCACAUCACACAGAUAUAUAUUAAUAGUGACUUUAUUUAUAUAUAUCUGGUCUGUACAUCACUUUGUUAAUCUUCUUAAACGAUUAUAUGAUCUCAUUCGAACCAAGAGGAAGAAGUAACGAGUGAGGAGGAAGGGGGAAGUGCUCCAGUUAACUCCUUUAAUUAUAUUCUGGACAGCAGAAGGUAAGGGUUUACUGAGAACCUUUUCAUGGAAAAUUUUCAGUUAGCAAUGAAACAUGACCCUAGAUAGGAGGACCUGCGCCACAUGGAGUCAUAGCUUCAGUGAUUUUGGUUUUCGCGGGCUAUGGUUUCCACAAUAUUGGCGCAUUGGGAACUUUUGUGGUUUCCCCACGCAGUACAGAGCCGGGGCUCGUUGUGAGGACACGUUGGUUUACGCUCCUGCGCUCUCGUCGUCAUUUAGUUGUUGGAAUGCCUCCAAAACGAGAGAGAUACCUAUCCAAGGAGGAUCUAGAACGUUAUGUGAACUCUGAGGACUUCAAUAAAACAGUUGACAUUACAACAGAGGGCAUAAGUGACGAUGGGGGUGCUGAUGAGAGUGUGUGUGGUGAUUUAACAUCCCCACUCCCAGACCACCCUGUACCCUCUACCUCGCGUGCGUCUCCCCAGUUAUCAGAGACAGUCAUAGAGUGUACCAGUGAUCCUAGUGGUGGUGUGAAAGCAGUGAUUACACCGCACAAGGACAAACAAAAGGACGACGGGUGUGAUGAUCCUGACACAGUGAUUGAGUACUCUCAAAGUGGAGAUGUGUCUGACCUACAAGCUUGUGUUACGGUACGUAAGGAGAUACCCACAAUGUCACGACUACGCACCAAACGCCGAUUAUAUGCCUCAACACCACAACUCAAGAAACGUCGAAAUGUGGCCACAGAGGUUUCUGAUGAUUCUGAUCCAGACUACAUACCUGAUGGGUGGGAUGAUUACCAGUUGUCACCAGUAUCUAAUGGUAGUCCUGUGAACCGUACAAUCAUUCAUGACAGAUCAGCAUCCACUUCAACGCUCACCCAGUGUACAUCAGCCACUGCCACGCCCACCCAGGAUACAUCAGCCACUGCCACGCCCACCCAGGGUACAUCAGGCACUGCCACGCCCACCCAGAGUACAUCAGCCACUGCCACGCCCACCCAGGGUACAUCAGCCACUGCCACGCUCACCCAGGAUACAUCAGCUGCUGCCACACCCACCCAGGGUACAUCAGCCAAUGCCACGCCCAUCCAGGGUACAUCAGCCACUACUGCCACGUCCACCCAGGGUACACUGGCCACUGCCACGCCCACCCAGGGUACAUCAGCCACUGCCACGUCCACCCCUGAUAUAUCAGCUACUACUAAUGCUGAUGAUGACAAAUUUUAUUUCAACAUUUCAGCAUCUCAGUGUCUCACUUCCGACAAGACUGUGUGGUCUAGGAAACCUCUUCGAAGGAGAUGCACAGCCACUACCCCAGCUGUCCCAUAUACCCAAGGGCUGACAGCUACAUCAGAUACUGCUGACUCAGCCAGGGAACUGUUUUCCCUUUUUAUUGAUAAUGAGAUUGUGGCUGACAUAGUGAAGUACACCAAUCAGAGGAUUGAUUGUCUUGCCCCAAACUAUAGUAACCAAGCCAAAGCAACUGUAUCGCAUACCUCACAAGCGGAGAUAAUGGCCCUCAUUGGUGUACUUGUACAGUCUGGCGCAAAGCAGGACAAUAGGGCAACAGUGAUGGAAAUGUUCAGUGCACAGCUUGGGACCCCAUUGUACCGUUCCGCCAUGAACCAAAAAAGAUUCAGCUUCCUCCUGCGGGCCCUCCGUUUUGAUGAUAUGACAACACGGGAGGAGAGAAAGAAGGAGGAUAAAUUGGCCCCAUUUAGAGACGUGUGGGACAGGUUUGUCCGGAACUGCAUAGUAAAUUAUGUUCCUGGUUCGGACAUCACUGUUGAUGAACAGAUGUUGGGCUUUAGAGGGCGAUGUCCAUUCAGAUACUAUAUGAAAAAUAACCAACAAAAUACAGUUUAA